ACCUGUGCGCCCAAUAUUCCACAUCAGUAAUGGUGAAAAGAGACUACUGAAUUUAACAUGCAUGCGUUCAUUUUCUUGGUAGUUAUAUCAACGGAAUGUCUGAUGCUCUCAGCUGGUCACCAGUUUCCACCACAGCCUGACUUCCAACCCGGGCCACCACCGCCUGGACCUCCACCACCCCCCUCUGGAAGAUUCCGCAGACCAGGCCCCGGAAGUCCAGAUGGAUCUUGGGGACCCGGAGGUCCGGAUAGACCUUGGGGACCCGAAGGUCCAGGUGGACCACCGGGUGGACUUCCAGGAGGACCGCCUGGCGGAAUGAAACCAUGGGGUCCACCAGGACCACCCCCUCCUCCAGGAAGCUAUCCUGGUGGUCCACCGUACAGUAUGUAUCCUCCAGCCACCCAACCUCCCGGAAGAAACUGGACAACUCCACUCACCCCAUCGACAGGUCCUACUACCACCACUGUGCCUUCAACCACUGCUGCUGCCCCCAUCAGUCUACCAGAUUCCUCCAUUAUUCUUCCCAACGGCUCAGUUCGGUUCCCAAACUCCACUGUACUCCAGACACGGUACGCAGACACUGCAGUGUUUCCUGCAGCUCGGUUACCCUCAGGAACCAUCAAGUUUGCGAAUGGAACCACAUUUCCCGCCGGGAAUAUCACUACAUUCCCGCCACCAGGUGUUCCUUUGAAUGCAACUUCAGAAUCACUAAUUUACCCCCCAUUGUUGUUACCUAAUGGAACUGUUGUGUUCUUAAAUGGCACGAUAUGGACUCCAGGUCUUACCAGACUUUCCACCGUGUUUGUAAAUGGCAUCAUCCCCAACUGUGGUGGUGUGACAUGUCACCAUACCCGGUCGUCCGCCUAAUAGCUUGUAAA